UCAACCAAGAAGUCCGCUUUAUGUAUGUUUGUAGUGUCGUAGAACAUCGACCUCCCAUUGUGCUAAGUCUCAGUCGUGGCUCGUUACGGAAUAAGCUCUAUCAGCGUAAAUUAUUCUCCUAACUUUGGUCACACAACUGAAUCGAAGUACCAACAAGCUACUACUUUCCUGGGCCAGGUUUUGGACAUAGUUCCUAAUAUCCUCGCGUUUCAGUCACCCUCUAACAGCAUUAAUCUUAUUCACUGCUCAUAUGCCACCCAUGGACGACAAUCUAGGGUUCGACUUCCCCAUUCCUCUGAGACCGGAGGACGACAACCUUGAAACCGGGCCCUCGUCAGGCAGCUACCCAGUCGCCGACGGUGAAGCGGGGAGCGACCGCGGUGGGGGAGGGGGAGGGGGAGGGGGCGGCGGAGGGGGAGUGGGCGAGGGAGGGGGAGGGGGAGGCGGAGGUGGGGGCGGAGGAGGGGGAUGGCAAGGGGAAGACGUGGAGUGGCAAGGCGGCCCAAUGUCAGACUUCCAGGGCCUUCCGACCCGCGUGGAGCCCGAGCCUGCUGACGUGGAAGGCAUGAAUGUGCCAAUGCCGGAUGUGACUCUACGAGACGAGCUCUCCGAGUCGCUGAUGCCGCUCAAAUGGGUGCUGUUCCCAGAAGCCGACCCGGUACAGCAGUUUCGCGAUAAGACGUGGAAGGAGAAGAUUUGGAUUUUCCUGGUGGGCGUGUUUCCGAUCCUGUCAUGGCUGCCCAAGUACGACCUGCGCUUCUAUCUGCUCGGCGACAUCAUCGGAGGGCUCUCCAUCGCCAUCAUGUCCGUGCCGCAGGACGUGUCGUACGCCAAGUACGCCAACGCGCCCAAGGAGUUCGCUCUCUACACGAGUUUCCUGCCGCCGCUGCUGUACGCGAUACUCGGGUCGUCGAAGCACAUGGUGAUCGGGCCAGUGUCGGUGGUGUCGCAGCUGCUGGGCGAGCAGCUCAAGGGGCAGGUGGACCCCACCGAGGACCCGGCGCUCUACAACAGCAUGCUCAUCACCACCACCUUCUUGUGCGGGCUCUUCCAGCUCGCCAUGGGGCUGCUCAGAAUGGGCUUUCUCGUCGACCUGCUGAGCCAGCCCACCAUCGCGGGCUUCCUGGCGGGCUGCUCGCUGACCAUCGCGCUGCAGCAGCUGAAGCCCAUCCUGGGGUACACGGACUUCACGCUCAGCACCAGCAUCGUCAGCAUCUUCCAGGCCGUCAGAGAUUACUCCCACGAGUUCCAAUGGCGUUCCUUUGCCCUUGGCUUCAGCUUCUUUGUCUUCCUCACCAUCCUCCGCAUCCUGACCAAAAUGUACCCCAAGAGCAAGGCCCUCUUCUACUCCAAUGCGCUCGGCCCCAUCUUCUCUAUAGUGCUCUCCACUAUCAUCGUGGGCACCACUGGCAUCUACAACAAGGGCGUCACCACUGUGGGCACCAUAAAGAGAGGCAUGGGCAACAUGUCGUCCGUGUGGGCGAUUGACUUGCACCACGAGUACACCGACGAGGUCGCCCUCAUAGCUCUCUACGCCGCCCUCGUCUCCCUUGCCGAAUCUAUCGGCAUAGGCCGCACUUUUGCCGGCAUGUAUGGUUACCACAUCGAUGGUAACAAGGAGCUCAUAGCGUAUGGCGCCAUGAACCUCUCCGGAUCCUUCACCUCCUGCUACGUCGCCACAGGCUCCUUCUCGCGCACGGCGGUCAACAUCCUGGCGGGCGCGCACACCGCGCUCACGCAGAUCAUCCUCUCCAUCACCAUGCUCGUCGUGCUCCUCGCCGCCGCCCCCGCCUUCCAAUACGUGCCCAGUUGUGUGGUGGGUGCAAUCAUCGCCAACUCCGUGCUCAACCUGCUCGACUUCAAGGCGGCCUUCCAGAUCUGGCGGGUGGACAAGCUUGACUUCGUAGUCAUGCUCGGGUGCUUCCUCGGGAUCAUCUUCGGGUCCCCCGAGAUCGGCCUGCUGGUGGCCUCCAUCUUCUCCUUCCUCAAGCUGCUGCUGCGUAUCGUUCGCCCCCACAUCCGCCUGCUCGGCCUGCUCCCGGGCGGCGCCGCUACAGCAGUGAGCGUGCUACAGUUCCCCAACAGCACGCUGUGCGAGGGCAUCGUGAUGCUGAGGAUCGAGAGCCCACUCUACUUCCCUGCGGCUAACUUCUGCCGGCAGCGCAUCAAGAAGCUGUGUGAUGCUUAUGCGAGGGGAUACCAGCAACCAGUGCGGCACUGCAUCUUGGACCUUUCAGUGAUGCACGACAUCGAUGUGUCGGGCAUAGACGGGCUCAAGGAGCUCCACCGAGAUUUAUCCGAGAAGAGCAUUCAGCUGUGUCUGGCCAGCGCAUCGAGGGAUGUCCUGCGCAAGCUGUGGGACGCCAAUUUCCUUGCAGAGAUGGGCGAGCAGUGGCUCUUUGUCACGCCGGCCGAUGCCGUCAAGCUCUGCCGCUCCGUGGCUGUCGCUGCGCCGGCCAUCAAAGAGCAGGAUGAGCUGCUGGCGUCUGUUCAGGUCUACGACAUUUAGGCUGACUGGUACAGAGCAGCUGUGUGGUAUAUGUGACGCCAGCCGACCCCGUCAAGCUCUGCCGCUCGGUGGCUGUUGUUGCGCCUGCCUGUUAAAAGCAAGAUGAGCUGCUGGUCUGUGCUAGUGGACACCAGCCGAAGCACAAGCUCUGUGCUCCGUGACCGUGUCAGAGCUGGUAAUCUCAAGAGCAUGAUCAACUGCUGGAGUGCGUUCAGGUGUAUGAUAUCUAGGCUGUACAGCAGGCCCUGUUUCCCUCCAGAAGCGUGCUAUUUGGGGCACCGACCGAAACGCUGGGCGGCUGUGCUGCUCUGCGGCUGUGGCAGAGGCGGCAAUCCAGGAGGGGGAGGACAGAAAGCUGGCACCCGUGUGGUGAUCCUACGCCUGCCUGCGGUGCAGAGCAGCCCUGGUUGUUUAUUAGCCUUGGGAAAGGCUGGCUGGUUGGUUGGCACCUGCUAUAGAUUUUAAUUUAAUAAAGCUCCGAAUUGUGGAUUGGUUAUUGCUGAGUGUUUCAUAGCAAUGGUACAUUCCAGCACCAGAGGAGCUUACAGAUUGGCUCUUAUUUACAUUGCUAUGACUGAUUUGUAC